UAGCCUGCCACUAGCUUGACACACCGUCGCUUACCAAAGCAACAUCCGGUUUGAAGUUUGACAUAUCUGCGGCUUAAAUGAAAGUUUCUGGGGUUCUCUGUCGUAGAUGCCACCGCAUGCCCAGUGAAACCACCCCUUUUAAAUCCUAUCCGUCAAUAGUAUAACAUUAAGGAACAACAUGGUUUCGACGGUGCUGAACACCGAAGUGGAGCAGAGAGACUCUGCUCAUUCCAUGGUGGUCGCCGUAGCGUUUCAUGCUGUGUUCGAGGCAGAAGCCCCAGGAGGAGACGGCCCGACCACAUCACCUUACGCCAUGGGAGCUGCGUUCCCUUUCAUCCAGGCUAUUCAACGAGUAAAUGAAAGGCUCCUGGAGAAAAAUCCGUCCGAGACACUGCUGUUCGACAUCAUUUUGAUAUCAACAGAAGACACAGAGGAGCAUCAAACAUGCAGCCUGCUCAGUUUAAAACAUUACGCGCUGGAAAUCAGCAGACUAUGUUUCUGCGCUGCACAGGAUCUGGUAGAAGGUCUGCGAUCCAACAAUGUCAAGCUUUUCCUCUCGACGGAUUCCAGUGACGUUUGGAAGGCCUCACAAGGAGGCAUCGCAGGGGCUCAGGUCGUCCAGCAGACGGCGCUACACUCCACCGAGCAGCUCCGAGUUGGUUUCUAUGGCCAUGCAGAAGGCUUUCCGGAUGACUGCACAGCCAGCCCCUCGGACGUCCCAGAUUCUCAGGAGCCCCUCAGGGAGUUCAGUGCUCUGGUGGGCAGGAUGAGGCAGAGGUUCGGGGUGGAAGACAGCCCUCUGACCACCAGCCUGAUCACCGGGCACGGCACGAGGAACACGUGUCUUCAGGCCCUGAAGACGCUGCGCUCCUGGGGCCUGGCUGUGGAUGAGGCCUACUGCUUGGCGGGGGCCCCGAAGGACCCCAUCCUCUCCCUGGUCAAACCUCACAUCCUUGUCACGGUCGGUCCACAUUCUACCCAUGCUCCCUGACCACAGAGUCCACACGCUGGCAUUCUAUCUGCUACAUGACUGGUAGCCAAAUUAAUGUUACAUUUUGUUGUAAAAUGUCACAUAGAUGGCAACUUUAUUAAAAUAGAUAAUGAUUAACUCCAAGGUCAAAUUACAAGCUGGAUUACUUCAACUGCACUUGCCAUACGAUCCACUUAAAAUGUGUCUUAUCAAGAUAUCCCAUUUUCAGCCAAUUCUAUAAAGAUCACAAUUUAGAGAAACCAAAGUAGUGACCCUCAUGCUCAAAUGUGGUGGAUGUUGUGUGAGGAUGAUUCCAAUAAUAAUUGUGGAGUUGAUUUUGUGCAUUUCACAAACCAGCCUGAGUAUUGCUCUUAAGCAGUUCUUUGUUUUUAUUAAUAAAUAAAUAAACAUAAUACAGGGUUGCUCUAGGCCAAGAAGUGUUAAGUAAUAUUUAUGCACUAUAAAUGUAUAGAUCGCAGUUUAAAAGGCUACUGGUGUUGGGAACCUCUUCGUGCUUCUCUUGUGUGAUGGCUAAAUCUAUUAGCCAGUCGUAUUUAUUUUUCAUCCAAAGUGUAUCCAUCUGUCUGGUCUACUUCCUGAAAGAGAUAGUACAGUUUUUCUUAUAAAAGGAGAUGUUUUUGUUUGUCUUUCAUCCUUUAAGGGACAUUUAGACCCCUUCAAUUUCAGGAAAGACUAUAUUGUGAUAAUUAGUUGUAUUAAAAAUCUAAAGCGGAAGGGUUGGAACACCUCUGGGCAUGAGGGAGCUGUGCCGUGUAGCUGUACGCUUCACUUCAUUCACCAGAGCUGUAAGACUGGCACAAGACUUGGGUGAAAACAUUGGCCCAAGAGUCCUUUAUAUACAGCCUAUUUGUUAGUUUUCUUAGUUCUGGCUUCAUAAAAAAUGUGCAUGUAUUGCUUUUUUAUACCUUCAAUUUACUCAUGUCCGACUCAAAGACAAUAAACAACCUAUAAAGAAUAAUAUGCAUUCAUGAGUUCAUGAGAAAACAAAUAUCCACAGUGGAGAUCAGUGGCGGUGUGUUUUAUAUAUAUAAAGUGCAAUAACGACUGGAAUGUUUAAACAGCAAUCUUUAGCCUUGUGGGUGUGGCCACGAUCACGUGUAAUGAUUCCACUGUUGCCUUGGAAGCAUAUCUGUUAUGAUUCCACUGUUGCUAUGGAAAUGUGCAGUAUUGCCGAGUAUGACAGUUUCCCCAUCAAUCAGAUGUUAUUUCAUUUCACUGUCUAAUAAAAUACCCUCUAUUGUAAAUGGUCAUUGUAAGAUCAUAGCACCAGCAGUGCUUGGUAACUUCUCCUAAUUAAGCACAUACUGUGUAUAAUCUAUGGAUUUAUGGACAGGGAAAUAGUGUUGGUUACCGAUUGCCACGUAACACAUACAAUCCAUUUUAGUGACGUCAUGCGAUGAGAGGAUUAGUAUUUGGCAUGGGAGAUGGCUAGACAAAGUCCAUUUCUGUCAUAUAAUUUAUAACUCUUAUCUAACUAAUCAUGCACCACAUCUUUCAAACCAACAUUGUUUAUUACUUGCUGUAUCUCCUUGUCCUUUUUAUAGUUUGCCUUUAGUGAGGGGAAAAUAUUAAACAGACAAAGUCAAUAUGCAUUUGUCUGUCAUGUAUACAAGCAUUGACGCUUUAGCCUUCCAUAGGCUCCUGGAGCGGUCUGGUCCUUUUGGGUCCCUAUUCAUUCUAUAGUGGCCAGUGUCUUGGAGAAUCCCCUAAAGACUUGGAAAUGGAAAAGAAAAUCUAAAAAAGAUUAUAAAUAUAUUUGUUACAUUUUAUCAUAUGGCAGUGUUUCACAACAGAUUUUAAAUAUUUACAUAUUUACAUAAAAUAGACACAAUUUAAUUGUAAUUAUAAAGGACAUUAUGAUUACUGAUACAUAAAAAAAAAUAUAUAUGUCAUAUGUAUCAUUCUGUGGCACUUGCAUAACAUUUACAACAAAAUCACAGAGACAGCGCUCAACAAAGACAAAAGUGCUUCUGACUGGUGGCAGGGGAUAGCCCAUUCCAAUGUCAUGGGAUUGUCCCCACUGGAUGAUUUUAGUGCGUGAAUCAUCUUAAAUUAUCUUAAAGUUAUUAAAUUCUUUCUGAAUCAACCUUCUCUCACAGAUCUGACGUCACAAUUUCAUCAUUUUCUGAAUCUGACCCUGAAUCUGAAGCCUUGACUUCCAAGCCGCUGUCCAGGUUCACAUCACCAAACAUCACUUUCCGUCCGGGCGUUGAGUCCUCUUCGUUUGCGCUUGAGGUCGAUGCCUCGUCGUCUUCCUCGGCAUCCUGCUCCGUGUUGUCUGGGAUGAUGUGCACGUCCUCCUUGGCGUCCGGCACGAUGUCCUGCUUGAACCAGACGGACUUGUAGCCCUCCUCCGUGCGCCUCUCCUUGGUCAGAAUGGGCUUCACCUCCUUCUCGCCGUCCACUCCGUCCGUCUCCGACGUGCUCCCCUCUUCUUC